AGGCCGUCGUGCUGGAAGUGGUCCGGCGGGCGAUCGCCGCGCGCAGGCUGGAGGGCCGGCCCGGCCAGCAACAGUUUGAAGUGCUGAGUGCGGACUUCGUGCCCGACGCGGCCCAGAACGUCUGGCUGCUGGAGUUCAACCUGAGCCCCGUGGUGCGGGACAGCGAGCACAGGGUGGCGGAGGACGCGUCCCUCGGGCUCGCCGGGGAGACGAGCGACGGGGGCGGCGGGUGCGCCGGUGGCGGCGGUGCCGCCGCAGGCCCGGCGCCCCCGGGGGGCGACAACCAGGCCCUCAACGACGAGGAGGAGUUUCGGGAGGCGCUGAGCCUUGUGAUGCCGGCGGGCGAGGGCGCGGAGGCCGGCCCUGUCGGCCUGAGGUUUUGGGACCACGUGGCGACCUUCUCGUCCGAGUCCCUCUAGCCGACGCUCGCGCCAGAAUCAAAAGAGGUCCCUGCCGCAGAGGCC